GCUGAACGUGAGGUUCUUUUGUUUGAAGUUGUGUGUCCAGAGAAGUACAGAAACUCUAAAUAUUUCAUCAAAAUGUUUAAUGGCACAAAUUCAAUGGAUUCAUUAAAUUCCAUCAAUACAAGAUCUUCCAGGGAACGUAAAAAUUGCUUAAAGCAUGCCUUGGAACGAACAUCAAUUUUACAAGAGGUAAUCAACGAUUCCACAAUAAAUAAACUGGAUGAAGCCAUAAACUUAGUUGAUGAUGUUACUUAUGCAACGAGUAUACAAGAAAAAGUUUCCAAUCAACAGGAAGUUCUUAUUGAUUCACAAAUGAUGACAUCAUCAUCUAAAGUUCUAAAAACCUGUAGUAUCUCAUUGACGAAAAGAAUGCGUGACUAUGAUCAUAUCAAUUUUUCACAAAAAUUGGUAAAAUAUUUGCAAGAAGCAUCAAAUGAUGAUUCACAGUCUCCAAACUGGUCACUUUUAGAAAGACGAGUGACAAAAUUGUUCAAAAGGGUUGCUAAUAGUAGCACACUAUUAGGUACAUUGGAUCCUCUUGAGAAGAAGACAAUAAUUAGGAAGAAACCGGAACAGAAAGUAGCACAAUUUGCAGUGACUGUACCUGAUAAAUUGGUGCCAAGUGGAAACACGAAGGAUGAAGACAGUGUGGAACGUACUGUAAGGAAGAUUAAAAAAUUAAUUACAUGUUAUUGUAAGGAAGCGGGGAAACCACUCGAUUUCUUUCAACUGAUUUUGCAUCCUGAUGAUUUUGGAAGAACUAUUAGAAAUAUGUUAUACAUAUCGUUUCUCAUAAAAGAUGGAGUAGUGAAAUUGAAAAAAGAUGAAAGAAGUCUUGUUGUGGAACCAUGUCGCAAGGAAGUAAAUUCACAAGAAAAACGAUCUAGCAAUAAAACAGGCAUUCAGAAUGUCAUCUCAUUAAAUAUGGAACAAUGGAGAAUAUUGAAAAAGGCAUAUAGAUUGGAACAACCGAUGAUUAAUUUUGACGAAGAAAAAUAAUUAUGAUUAGGAAUAUGCU